UUGGGGGCAGGCGGGGACUUCCCGUCUCCAAGCCGGGGGGCCCCGCUUUCCGGGUCUGUGGCGGCGGCGGCUGCCGCUUCUCCGCCUCCUCCUUUUGUGCCCGCCGCGCGCUCGCUGGCUCGUGUCGCGCACGGGAGGUGGCGAGCAGGGCGGAGGGGGGUGGGGUGGUCUCCGCUUCCUGGCAGCGGCGGCGGCGCGCUUCGGAGGGAGCCGGGCGCGCAGCAUGGACCUCCACCGCCGCUGCUGCUGCUGCUGCCGCCGCCUCCGCUGCUCUCUCGUGGCGCUCCUGGCCCUGCUGGCCACCGCAGGGCGCUCCGGAGGCUGCGAGCGACGCCUGGACGCCUCGGCCGCCCCCGAGGGCCCCCCCUGCUCGGAUCUCCUCCCCAGGCAGCCGCUCCCCGUCGAGGGGCAGGAGGCGCCGGCGGCGGCCCUGCCAGACCCGCUGCAGGUGGACUUCGAGGGGGGCGGCCGGGAAGGCGGGCGGCAGCGUCGGCGGCCCCGCGGGGACCAGCAAGGCGCCGGUAGUAGGACCCCUCAGCCUGGCCUCGCCAUCAUCCCCUCCUCCGGGUCAGAUUUCUCUGGGCUACAGGACUUGCUACCUGUAGGGCAAAGCACCAGUAAGACGCUGAAGGCCCUCCUCCAUGGCAGCGCUGAGCCCUCUGUCAUCACCUGGCAUCGUCCCUCAUCCACUGCUGCUGCUGUCCCCACUGCGUCGCACCCAGACUUGCAGACUAGAUCUGCUGUCCUUGAUGCCAGCCAGGAGGAAACACCGAGGAGGCGAACGGAGGUGGAAGAAAGCAGAGCAGCAGAUGCCACUGUGAGAGGCACUCAGUUCCCCACUCAAGAGAGCACAUUGGGGGCUGGCGGGCUGCCCCAACCGAGUCCACCCCUCAUCACAACCAAACCUGUGACCUUCUCAUCUGAGCCAGUGUUGCUUCCUGGGCCCAUUUCCCCAAAGGAUGUUGCAGGUCAAAAUCCUUGGUCCUCUUCUCCUUCGGAAGAAUCCUCCAGCCCUGGAGCUGGAGAGGAAGCCCCUGAGGUCUGGCAGUCCACCAGCCCCUCUCUGCUUCUGGCCUCCAAACUGCAAGCUGCUACACAGACCCAGGCUGAGCCUCAGCACCCUUGGGCGGAGAGCCAGGGACCCCUGAGUGCUACAGUGGGUGGGAAUGAGACACGCAGCGUGGGCCCUACAGAUGACCUGAAGAUGCCCACCAGAGCCGACAGUAUGAGGCCCCAGGAGACCCAGUCACCCACUGCAGAGACUCAGGGGACCCUUCUUCUGGCUUCCACUCCACAUCCGGUUGUGGCUGAUACUGGAGCAGCCCAGGAAUGGGAUAUGGCAACCAUCACAACACAAAUAUUCCCACAGGGCUGGAGCACAACCCCGUUUGUGGUGGGUGCUGAGGGGCCAGGGGGCAGCACACCAGGCGUGGAUCCAGAAACCAGAUCUCACGAGUCUUGGGGUGCUGUGGGAUCCUCUGAUCCCAGCUCCACCCUGGCACAAUCCCCAACGCCGCCGAGAUCCAAGGCAGGGUCGGGUCACACGAUGGAGACGACCCAGGAAACCAUAAUCACAGGCAAUUUUGUCCCCAGUGGAAGAGCCCCGGUGCACAAUUCCACAGAAGCCAUGAGGGCAGCACAGCCUGUAGUGGAUGCUGAGGCUACUUCUGCAGACUCCCCACAUCGAACAGAGGUGGCUCCCCACUCAUCCUCAUCUUUCCACUUGGGGACAGCUUUGCCCCUGAGGUUGGCGGACUCUGCCACCCAUCCUGCUUCUGCCAGCAACGCCCCUGUUGGGUCUACAUUGCUCACCUCGUCUGUGGGCCCAGGUGGUGCCAUGGAAGGGCCAAGAGCGUCCAGAGCAGGUGGGCAUGCCAGUGCAGACGUGCCCACGUUUCAGAGCUCCAUAGACCCGCUCAUGGCUGUGGAGGCUGCCUCCAGCGGGGCUUCGACAGCCGCAGAAGGGCUUGGAUCUCAGAGCCCCUCAGAGCCUGGCAGUGCCUGGCCCACAAAAGGGGGCGAUCCUGCACAGCCAUCCUCACAGCCAAGGCAGCUUACACCCAAGUGGGCUGCAGAAGAGGCCACUUUGCCCACCAUGGUCCUCAGCCCAACGGAUGUCUCUGUCAAUUACAGAGAAAGAACAGGGGUACCUACCGACACCAGGGAGGCAACAAGAGAGGGGUCCCUUUGGCAAGCCACAGAGGCAGCAGAGCCCUUCGCCAGCAGCAGCCUCCCAGGAAGAGGUGCCCCCACUGGCUUGACUCCCAGCCCGACUGAGACCCCAGCGGGCUCUGAGGCUGCCUUGCUCACUCCAGAGGGAGAUGAUGUGAGCACAGCUCCUUCGGUGGAUCCAGAGCUUCACUCCCAAGCAGCCAAUUCCUCCAGUUCGGGCUCUGGAACGGCUGUGCCUACAAGCAAGACGGGAGCCACUGGGCCCAUGCCCGUGACCCACCGGGUGUGGACCUCUCCAGGCAGGACAAGGAGCUGGGAAUGGGGGAAGAGGCCCAGUGCCACAGCCGAAGGUGGCUCCAUCAGGGAGAUUGCCCGUUCUCCACUUAGUCCGGAGGACCUUGUCCGAGCAACAGCCACUCCGACAGGGAACAGUAGGCACACACAACCACCUUUGCCAGCUCCAGGACCAAAGAGCACUGCAAGGGAGGGUCCUCUCGUUGCCAGCACCCGGCUCUCACCAGCCACACCAGAGAAGUCCACAACUCAACUGCAGCCAGCCGUGCCCAGGGAAGGUCGCCCCAGACCCCACCAUGUCUUUGUGGUGGAGAAUCAGCUGCCCCGCCUGAAAGCCACUCUCCUGCAUAUCCCUUGUGAGCUGGUCCUGGCCAUGGAGUUUUCCAGAAGCUUCUGGAACCCCGACUCACUUGAGUACCAGGGCUUGGUGCUCAGUGUCAACGAAACGGUCACACCUCUCUUCGAUUCUCUGCCGGGAUUUCAGCGACUGGAAGUGAAGGCAAUCCGGCCCGGGAGUGUGGUGGUGGCAUUUGAUGCCCUCUUCCUGGUAGCGGCUCCCGGCUUGUGGGCUGCUCUGAAUCGCUCAUCCCUCUCAGACCGCUUGCGCCCGGGGCUCUGGGUUGGCAAUGCCCGGGUGCUGCAGAGCACGACGCUGGAGCGGCACCUGGACCUCUGCUCCGUGCUCUUCGCCUGCCAGGCCGGCUACGAGUGCAUCUCCACUGGGGAAGACGGGAGUGCUGUAUGCACCUCUGCGUGCCACCGCGACUAUUGCAAGAACGAGGGCAUCUGCACCCAUGCCGUCAACCACACGCCUGUCUGCCAGUGUCCCGUGGGGAGUGACUUCUGGUUCCUGGGGGUGCGCUGCGAUUACAAGGUGACACAGCAGGGCUUGCUAGGGGUGGCCUGCGGCCUCUUGCUGAGCCUGGUGGUGGUCGGAGCUGCCAUCGCCGGCCUGGUGAUCCGCCGGGUUCGCAUGCUGCUGCUGGAGGCCAGAGCGGAUCAGACCAAGAGCAGCUACCGCCGCUUCUGCCGCCUGGACGAUGUCUCGGCUCACUACUGGUCGGAGCCUUGGCUGGCCUCAGCAGUCUCCUUGGACAACCCGGCCUUCAGCAACUCAGAAGAACUGCUGCACUUGCAGAUCCUGGACACAGCCUGCUGCAGCUGCCAAGAUGACUGCAUGGGUGCCGACGGCUACUGCAAGCAGCCGCAGGGUGCCUCCUGCAUCGGGGCCGCAGGCCGGCCAAGCGCUCAUUACAACCAUUGGGACGUGAGCUCCAACAGCAUGAACGACCCUAUGAUAGACUCCGGGAAGGCCAGUGAAGUUUCUGUCUCCAGCUGGCCCAUGGAACCUAUUCAGUGGAGCCCUUGCCCUGCUCUGCACAACCCCUCCAGGGAGCAAGUGCACAAAGCCCAGAGGCCUCACUCUUACUGUGAGGGAAUGGAGCUGGUCAACCUGGAGAGAAGCUGGACAGCCUGAAUCCUUCCAGUCAGACACAGGACGUGUCAACAUGCUCGAAACCAACCUUUUAAUUUCUACAUGACCAGCUCAGAGAUUGAGGUGGCUUUGAACCCUGCGAACAGCGCAAGCCCAUCAAGGCAGGUGGCGGGUGUAAGUUUUCAAUGCAAAGGUGUGAGGAGGCUCAACCAUCAAGCAAACUAGCCUUAUUGGUUUGGUGUUGGAAUUUUAAAUUUUUUACGAGUAGUUACUCUUGGGAGGAACAUCACAGCACUGGAAUCCAACACUGGGACAAGUCUGAGCAGUUAGUUCCUAUUUGGAGACAGGAAUCUCCUUGACAGAAAAAGCUGGACAAGUAACUGGAUUAAAGGGCGAGGAGGAAGAGCAGUUACUGUUUCGUUUUGUGCAAGUUGCUGUAAUGGAAGUAUUAAAUGCCAGAGUUU